CCACCUUUUCCUCCUCCGUCCUCAAGCUUGUCCUGUAGCUAUCUUCUUCCUAACUCCAUUGCUCCAUACCUGUCCUAUUUACCGUGAAGUUCUAACAAAAUCCCACUAUCGUUUCUUUCUUUUAUCUCAACACUCUCAACGCACGACAGUGUUCCAUAUUUUCAAUCGACAAUGGCGACUUCCAUCCGCUCCUCCAUCCACUCCUCCGCCCGAUCCGCCGCCGCAGCAUCUCGCGGCGCGCCUUUUCUCGACUUUUUGUAUCCCUCAACUAUACAUACCCUUCGCCGCCAACGCACGCGUACCUUUACAUCUCUCUCCCACCUCAAUGUCUCGUCAUCGUUAUCGUUCUCCUCUUCCUCCUCUUCCUCACAUUCGGCUUCAACUCCACCAGAACCCGGUUCCCUCCCGCGCAUCGCCCAGCCCUCAAUCUGGACAUCCCUGAUCCCAUCAUUCCUGCGCCGUCGUCGUCAUGAUCAACCAGGAACCUCCACUGUCGGUCGUCACGCAACCGCAGCCUCCCAGAAAAAAGAAUGGAAUCCAGCGACGUUCUACAUUGUGAUAUUCCUACUGAUCGGGUCGCAAGCGAUCCAAAUGAUUGCGUUGCGGAGAGAAUAUGCGACGAUCACGCGCAGGUCGGAAGCGCGGAUCGGGUUGCUCAGGGAAGUCAUUGAGCGGGUGCAAAAGGGCGAAGAGGUGGAUGUGGAAGGAUUGUUGGGGACGGGGGAUAAAGUCAAGGAGAGGGAGUGGGAGGAGGUAUUAAAAGAAAUUGAACAAGAAGAUGCGCUUUGGCGAUCGAGGGCGAAUAAGGCCGACGCAGAGGAAGAGGUAGAAGGUAAAGAGGCAGCGGCAGAAAAGAGGCAAGCAGCUGUUCGUGGAGAUGCGGCGCAGGAGCAGCAGCAGGCCCAGCCGGUCGUCGGUGAGCAAGAGGCGAAAGCAAUUGGAUCAGCAGCACAGGCAAAGAAAGGCCGGAGGGAAUAUUUCUAGGUCAAAAACUUUGAAAGGGGAAAAAAUGAAUUUAUUGUCAUCGUUUAUUUGGAAUUAACAAUUGCCUAUUUGGACGAAAUGACAGAAGGAAGUGCAUUGCUUUUUGCAAAAGAGGAAUAUAAGUUACGUGUGAUCAAUCUUGUGCAAGCUGUAAAGAAAAUCCAUCGACUGGAAACCAGAAAACCUUGACUAUUUGAAUAAGCAAAAGGGGAGGAGAUGGCCGCCAAAUAUACUGCUCGAGAGUACAUGGUUGUUCAAAGCUGAGUCAUGGUAAAGGCAAAGGAACGCUGACAUGGAUGGACCGGCAGAGAGACAGGAAGGGACAAAAAAAUUGAAAGAGAAGAGUGUAGAUUACAAUUUGACGUGAAUUGGCUGGGUAUAAAAGUGAGAAAAUGAAAACCACAUGUCAGAGAUGUAGAAAAAUAAAAAGGCCAGUGAUAAAUCAAGCAUAUAUAAAUCGCCAAUGAGGCUACACAAAAAAGGUUUGUUGCAGC